AACACUCGAUUUGUAAUGCCUGGAUUUGGAUUUCGCGCGAAAUUGACGCAUUUUCUUCGCGCCCGAAACAGCGGACUCCGGGAAAGUGUUACGAGUAGAACAGUCGAGAACAUUCCACCAUGGGAAUUCACGGGCUUGCAAAGUUGAUUGCAGACCAGGCACCAUCUGCCAUAAAAGAACAAGACAUCAAGAACUACUUUGGGCGGAAGAUUGCAAUAGACGCCUCCAUGUGUAUGUAUCAAUUCCUUGUCGCCGUCAGACAGGAUGGAAAUGUGCUGCAAAACGAGGAUGGAGAGACCACAAGCCAUCUCAUGGGCAUGUUCUACCGGACCAUCCGCAUGCUUGAGCACGGGAUCAAGCCUGUCUAUGUGUUUGAUGGCAAGCCCCCACAGCUGAAGUCAGGAGAGCUGGAGAAGAGAGGUGAGAGGAGAGCAGAGGCUGAGAAACUGCUGGCCCAGGCCCAAGAAGCAGGGGAGCAGGAGAACAUUGAUAAGUUCAGUAAACGUCUGGUGAAAGUCACCCGGCAGCACAAUGACGAGUGCAAGAAGCUGCUCACCCUGAUGGGGGUGCCAUACAUCGAGGCUCCAUGUGAGGCAGAGGCGAGCUGCGCUGCUCUCGUUAAGGCUGGGAAGGUGUUUGCCACAGCAACAGAGGAUAUGGACGGUCUGACUUUUGGAACAGGCGUCCUACUAAGGCACCUCACCGCCAGCGAAGCAAAAAAGCUUCCUAUCCAGGAGUUCCAGUUCACUCGCCUUCUGCAGGACAUUAAUCUGACCCAUGAGCAGUUCAUUGACCUGUGCAUACUGCUGGGCUGUGACUACUGUGGUACCAUCAAGGGAAUCGGGCCCAAGAGAGCCAUCGACUUGAUCAGACAACACGGCUCCAUCGAGGAGAUUCUGGAGAACAUCGACCCGUCUAAGCACCCUGCCCCAGAGGACUGGCUGUAUAAGGAGGCCAGAGGUCUGUUCCUGCAGCCUGACGUGGUGGACUGCUCCACCGUAGACCUCAAAUGGAGCGAGCCUGACGAGGACGCCCUCAUCCAGUUCAUGUGUGCAGAGAAACAGUUCAGUGAGGACCGCAUCAAGAACGGCUGUAAGAAGAUUAUGAAGAGCCGACAGGGCAGCACACAGGGACGACUGGACUCCUUCUUCACCAUCACCGGGUCUCUGUCAUCAAAGCGCAAGGAACCUGAGAUAAAGGGAUCUGCUAAGAAGAAACAGAAGACCGGUGCAACCCCAGGCAAAUUUAAGAAGGGUAAAUAGACUUCAAACAGGAAGUGAAGCAAGAAAAGCAGAAGUUAGUGCAGGAGUGUAUGAAUCACUUAGCUACGAUUAGUUACUACAAUUAUAGUGCAUCUGACCAUGUCUGUUUUUUUUCAUGUUGAGCUCGAAUUGAACUAGUCAAGUUUUAUUAAUGUUAUUUUUUUGUUGUUGAAUAAAAUAAAUAAUGGA